AUGAUUGUCCCCCAAACAUUCAAAAAGGUGUUACUGACAAAGGAAGGUACAAUCAAGACAGAAAGAUUUACUGUGUCUGGCCGUAAGAUUCCUCUCCUAGAAAUAAGGACACGCAUGCUUAAAGAGCAUGAAUCACUGGGUUUACUACGAAUUCAAAGUGAUGACUACUUUACUUCCAUGACAAAUGCUGAAGUCAGAACCAGACUUAUGCAGCUUGGUGAGGAUGCAACAACAGGGGAAGAAAGUGAAAUUGAGGCUAAAGAGCGACUAAAAGCAAUGGAAAGAAAGCGGCACCUUAUGAUUUGGGGCGACAACUCAACCUUGCUUAACCAUGGUCACAUUCUACUGACAGUUAAUUCAGUUUAUGAUGAGGCCCUAUACUUCACCAAUGAAGAAAUGAAGGCUAAUGGCAAAGGGGACAUUGAUGUGCAGUCUGUCGUUGAAAGACCUCAUGUCUAUAUCCUGGAGUGAUGCGGGUCCUCUGAAGUUGAUCAGCUAGGCUACAUUAACACCAGAAAGGACUGUUUACAGAGUCUGGAUAUCAAAAUAACCACAUCAAAUGGAGUCGAGAUUACUGACAUAGUGCGUUUUUUUCAUGGUGAUGGCCCCCAGCAACAAUUUGAGGCUGGUGAACAGAAAGGUGGAAAUGCUGGAUGUGCCAGUUGUAGCAGUGAUGCAAGGAUGUACAAAGAUCUUGCAGUUUCUUUUUCAAGACCUCACCUUACUCUCUCAGAACGGCUAAAAAAAGUUCUACAGGGGUCUGCUGUAAAAAAAAUAUAA